UAGAAGCUGAUUGGCUACCAUGGACAGCUGCACCAGAUACUGAGGGAACCAGCUUUGGUAAAUCUCCUCCAAUAUGUGAGGCUAGCUGUAGCCUCCCUGACGGUAUUCCCGAGUGUAGCUCGGGGUAAAGUUUCAGUACCAAAAGCGGUACCCCCGAGCUACACUCGGGCUUACCAUGCGGCGCUGCUCCGGCAUCUGUUCUUCACUUACCUUGUCCUGCGCUCCCGCAAUGUCCCUCCUGCAGUGUCCCCGGCAAUGUAAUCCGGCGGAUGCCGGCAUCUGUCAUUUGGGUUCCAUCCUCUGCGAGCGUCGGGACGUACGGGGGACAGAACUGGCGGGAAAUUUGAAAAUGACAAAAAGUGACAUUCACUGAAUACACUAA